GGGCUGGGGGAACCUCGUCCCCCGUGCUGGCGGCGGGCGGAGGUAGCUCAGAGCUGAUGAGCUGCUCCCGCUUCCCCUGUGUCUCUGCAGACUCGUCCCCCGCCAUGGUGAACGAGAGGCGCGACGGCGGCCUGCUGGUGCGGCUGGGCCCCGAGCUGCAGGCCUGUCCGCGGGAGCUGCUGCGGCAGCGGCGAGGCCACGACGGGCAGCCGCAGUACCUGGUCCGCUGGAGCGUGGUCCGCUCGGAGGAGCGAGCGGCGGGCGGCGGCUCCUCGGCGGGGCCCGAUGCCGGGAGCGUGUCGCUGUGGAUGUCCGCGGAGGAGGUGUGCGCCAGCUGCCCGGCGCUGCUGGGCGAGGGGAAGCCGGCGGGGCCGCGGGCCGAGGAGGAGAGGGCGGCCGGCCCGUUCCCCGACGAAGCCUCGCUGCGGGAGAUGGAGGCCGACGUCGGGAGCCUGGUGCGGCGAGCCGGCCGGCAGCUGGGCGGCAGCGGGGCCCCCGAAGCCGCCUCCGUGCUCAACACCGUCCACGUGCUGAGCGCCUACGCCAGCAUCGGCUCGCUGGCGGGCGCCUUCAGGGAGACGGGAGCCCUCGACCUGCUGACGAGGAUGCUGUGCCACAAGGAGAAGCAGAUCUGCCGCAGCGCCGGCAAGAUGCUGAGGGCCCUGGCUUCGCACGACGCAGGAAGCCGGUCUUACAUUCUGCUGUCCCUGAGCCAGCAGGACGGCGUCGAGCACCACAUGGACUUUGACAGCCGCUACACCUUGCUGGAGCUGUUUGCUGAGAUGAUGUCCUCAGAAGAGCACGGCAUGUCCUUUGAGGGCAUCCACCUUCCCCAGAUCCCCGGGAAGCAGCUGUUCGCCCUGGUGAAGCGCUACCUGCGCGUCACUUCCCUCCUGGACAAGCUCGGCAGCGGCGAGGAGCAGGGAGGGGAGCAGCCGGAGAGCAGCCGCGUGAAGCAGGAGUUUGAGUUCAGCAUGGCGAUGGCCGGCCUCAUCGUGGAGCUGCUGCGUGCCAUGGGCUGGGAGCACAGCCACGAGCCAGAGCCGCCGGCCCGGCAGGAGGCGAAGCCUCACAACGCCCGCUCCAUCUUCCAGCCCAAAACCCCGGCCUGCUUCGGUACCCCGGUGCCUGUGCUGUCUCCAAACCGUGGUGCCAGGAAAAAGCAGGGUGGUGCCUUCCUGACCCUGUCAGACUUUGCCGACCACAACAGCUACGUGGAAUACGUGCAGGCGCACCUGGUGCGUGGCAUGUGGGUGCGCUUGCUGGAGGACUGCGGCGAGGUUCGAGCUGGGGAUGAAGGCGAGUUUCUUCACAGCACUAACAGGAUGCACGCGGCGCAGGUUUUAUGGCAGUCAACAGGUCAGACCUACUGGAUGCAUUGGCACAUGUUGGAGAUUAUUGGCUUUGGAGACCAGCGGGAUGACUCUGCUGGUCAGGAGAAAGAAUACAGUCUGAUAGAGAGCUUCAAUCUAGACAGAGUCGUGCAGCCGUUCUUCUCCAAGCCCCUGGGGGGGCUGUACUCCCUGCCGUACCUGGGGGAGCAGCCGAGCAAGGCUGCGGAGACGCUGAGCCGUGCCGAGUGGUGGGAGCUGCUCUUCUUCGUGAAGCAGCUGGAGGCGCGGGAGCAGGAGGAGAUCGCCGGCCUCGUGCAGCGGGAGCAGGCAGAGCAGCUGCCGGGGCUGGACGAGGAGGCCCUGAUCCAGCUGCCGGUGCCCGCGGAGCUGGCCCAGAAGGUGCUGCGGGUCGUGGAGGAGCGGAGCCGGGGCAGCGCCCGCAGCCACCUGCGCGGCUCCCGCGUCUACAGCAAAUACUGGCCGGGCAGGGGGGCCGAGCGGGACGGCGGGGGCAGCCCCGCGGCGUCCUCGGAGGGUGCCGGCUGCGGGAGCGCCGGCCCUGGAGCCGCGCGGGCCGAGGCGGCGGAGGACGAGGCGGUGGAGGACGAGGACGGCGCUCGUGCGGCGCCCCGGUCGGAUUCCCAGUCGGAUUCCCAGCUGUUCGGCGAGCUGCUGGAGAGGGAAGGGCUGCGCUUCCCGGAGGCGGCGGAGAGCAGAGCGUGGGGCAGCUGCGAGGGGGCGAGCAGGAGGGGCUCGCUGGCCGAGGUGGCGCAGGUGGCGGACGUGAUCCGGAGCAGCGGCUGCGAGGCGGAGCUGCGCGUGGCUGGGCUGCAGCACAUGGUGAGGGUCCUGCAGGAGGAGCCGGAGCCGGAGCAGCAGGAGGGCGGCGAGGCCCGCAGGGAGAAGCUGGUGAAGGCGGCGGUGCAGCUGCUGAGCGCCGAGGCGGCCGAGAAGCGCCUGGUGGUGCUGGCGCUGCGGCUGGUGGCCCUGCUGAUGGAGAGGCGCGGCUGGCGCAUGCCCUUCGCCACGGAGGGCGGCGUGCGGGCCGUGCUGGCCUGCAUGCGGCAGCACGCCGCCUCCGCCCUGGUGCAGCACGCGGGCCUGGCGGCCCUGAAGGUGCUGGUGGGAGCCGGCGAGCCCGGAGGCGCCGUGGGGAAGCCCUCGCCCCUGAGCCACGGCGACGCGCAGCUGAUGCGGGAGGUCUUCGCCAGCAUCGGCUCCGCCUGCGGCGAGGGCUCGCCAGGCCUGCUGAGCGCCAUCCCCGCCGCCGUGCGCGCCAUGCAGAGCGUCCCAGGGGGCUCCUCGGGCGUGCGGAACGGCUUGCUGGUGCUGAAGAUGCUGGUGGACGGCCACCGGGACCUGGCGGAGCAGCUGGUGAGCGGCGAGCUCCCCGCGGUGCUGCAGAGCUGCUGGCGGGACGGGCAGGGCCCCUCCGCGAUGCUGGCCCUCGGCGUGAUCAACCGCCUGGCGGAGCACCGGCUGCCCCUGGGCCCCGAGACCCCAGGCGCGGAGGCCCUGCUGGAGGCCGGGGACGCGCAGACGCCCGCGGGCAGCCCGGGGGACGGCGCCCUGCCCGAGGACGUGGUGGUGGCCCUGGAGCGGCAGCUCUGCGGCCGAGGCCCCGUCCCCUCCGGCGAGGCGUCCCCGCGGCCGCAGGAGCGCGGCUGCUUCCGGAUGCUGCUGCGCAGCCUGGAGCUGCCGGGGGCCGAGAAGACCGUCGGCCUGCGGAUCCUCAGGAUCCUGAACGCGUUCCUGGACGGCUACCGGGAGGACGCGCUGCCCUGGCACGAGUGCGUGCAGCCCUGCCUGUCCUCCCUGAGCGCCCACAGCAGCGACCGGGAGGUGGUGCAGGAGGUCGUCGGCUUCCUGCACCGCCUGGCUGCCGCCAGCAAGGACUGCGCGGUGGCCAUGUGCCGCGCGGGCGCCCGCGAGGCCCUGGCCAAGGCCCUGGAGCAACACAGCCCGGCCGUGCCGAUGGCGCCAGCCCUGCUGGAGCUGCUGAGCGACUGCGAGAAGGCCGCCGGCCUGCACGGGACGCUGACGGGCAGCGUCUUGGCUGGCUGCAUCCAGCUGGCGCUGGGGCAGAUCGAGGAGCACCGCCGGAGCCAGCGGCCCAUCAGCGUCCCCUUCUUCGACGUCUUCCUGCGCAACCUGUGCCGAGGCUCCGGCGUGGAGGUGAGGGAGGACAAGUGCUGGGAGAAGGUGCAGGUCUCCUCCAACCCGCACCGCGCCGGCAAGCUCACGGACAGGAACCCCAAGACCUACUGGGAGUCGAACGGCAGCAGCGGCUCCCACUUCAUCACCGUGCACAUGCAGGGCGGGGUGGUGGUCAGGGAGAUGAGCAUGCUGGUGGCCAGCGAGGACUCGAGCUACAUGCCGGCCCGCGUGGUGGUGCUGGGGGGAGACAGCCCUGCCGCCAUCCGGACGGAGCUCAACGCCGUGACCGUGCUGCCCUCGGCCAGCAGGGUGGUGCUGCUGGAGAACAUGACGCGCUUCUGGCCCGUCAUCCAGAUCCGGGUGAAGCGGUGCCAGCAGGGCGGCAUCGACACGCGCGUGCGCGGCAUCGAGGUGCUGGGGCCCAAGCCCACCUUCUGGCCCGUCUUCAAGGAGCAGCUGUGCCGGCGGACGUUCCUCUGCUGCACCGCUCGGGCGCACGCCUGGUGCCGGGAGAUCCGCCGGGACCGGGGGCGGCUGCUGCAGCUCUUCGGCAAGCUGAACCGGGCGCUGCGGCACGAGCAAGACUUCGCCGAGCGCUUCCUUCCUGACGACGAGGCGGCCCGGGCCUUGGGCAGGACGUGCUGGGAGGCCCUGGUGAGCCCCCUGGUGCAGAGCAUCACCAGCCCAGACCCCAGCGGCGUCAGCCCCCUGGCCUGGCUGCUGGGCGAGUACCUGGGCAGCGGGGAGCCGCCCCAAGGCCCCCCGUCCCGCGGCGCCGCCUUCGGCUCCCGCGUGCGGCUCCUGACCCAGCUCCUGGUGCACGUGGACCCUGGCGGCGUGGAGCUGGAGGAGGCAAGGGCGGCGGGCGGGCAGGAGGGCAGGAACGAGGAGGCGCCGCCCAGGGUGGCGGCGGUGCGGAGGCCGAGCGGGCUGUGGGGCGUCGUGCAGUGCUGGCGCGGCGUGGUGCAGCAGCAGGUGCAGCGGCUCCUGGAGGCGGCGGGGCAGGCGCCAGACGUGGUGGAGCGAUACUGCGGGCUGUACCGGCGCCUGCGCGGCGCCACGGAGGAGCUCUUUGGGCAGCAGGCUGCCUUCGUGGUGGCCCUGGGCCAGGGCUUCGCGGGGGCGCUGCUGCAGCUCUCCUUCCUCACCGCCCUGCACGUGAGCGAGCAGUUUGCCCGCUACCUCGACGGGAAGAUCCAGGAGCUCCACGGGGCCGUGGGCAGCACGGGGCUGCUGCAGCAGCUCCUGGAGCCCUUCGUCGUCUUCAGCGGCCUGGAGUUCGCCCACACCUUCGAGCACUUCUACCGGCUGUACCUGGGGGACCGGCUGCUGGCGCAGGGCCCCUCGUGGCUGGAAGGGGCCGUCCUGGAGCAGAUCGGGCUGUGCUUCCCGCGCCGCUUCCCCCAGGAGAUGCUGAGCGACUUGGCCGAGUCGGAGGAGCUCCAGCGGCAGUUCCGCCUCUCCCAGCUGCAGGAGCGGGACAAGCGGCUGCUGGGGCUGGGCGCGGGCCCCGAGAGCCCCGAGGACGAGGCGCCGGGGGAGGCCUCGCUGGCGGACGCUCCGGAGGUGACGGUGCUGGCCCUGUCCCCGCGCUGCUGGCCCGUGUCCCCGCUGUGCCACAUGGACGAGCCCGGCAGGUUCUUCUCGGCAGCGCUGAGCUCCCCGCUGGCCGCCUUCGCCGCCUUCUGCGGGCAGAGCCAGAGCCAGCGGGGCUGGACGUGCACGAGGCCCCGGCGGCUGCAGUGGACGUGGCUGGGCCGUGCCGAGCUGCACUUCGGAGACUGCGUCCUGCACGUGUCCACGCUGCAGAUGUUCGUCCUGCUGCGCUUCAACGGCGCCGAGGAGGUGGCCGUGGAGUCCCUGCUGCAGGCCACGGGGCUCCCUGCGGAGCUGCUGCAGCAGGCGCUGGCACCGCUGACCGAGGGCGAGGGCGUCCUGGUGCGGAGCUGCGCGCUGGGGGCUCCAGGUGCCCUGCGGCUGAACCGGGCGGCCCUGGCCCAAGCCUCCGGCCGCCACCUGAGGCUGCUGCCCCGGCAGAGGUACCUGCGGGCAGAGAGGGCCGAGAGCGGCGCCCUGGAGAGGAAGAGGAACGUCCUCUGCUGCCUCAUCACCCGCGUCCUCAAGGCGGAGAAGCAGCUGCACAUCGACAACCUGGUGUUUAGGGUGAUCGAUGCCUGCCAGAAGGGUGAGCUGGGGCCGGGGCUGCAGUUCCUGAGCUUCUGCUGCCACAGCGUGGACGUGCUGUCCUGCGUCCUGCACCUGCUGAACCAGGGCUACCUGCGGCGCCAGGAAGAGAGGCCCCACGUCCUGGAGUUCGUCCCUGCUGAGCCCACAACACCCCUUGGGGGCCAGGCACAGAUGGUUUUCCAGAGGCAGCUACCAGCCACAUAUCCAGAUGAGGACAGCAAGGACUGCCUGUAUCGGUCGAAUUCUGGCACAGACAGAUCGGAGGAGUUUCUCCUGGCAAUGCUGCAGGUGCCAAUGGGGCACACGCUUAGUUUGGAGGAGGCAAAGCUGCUCAUGAAUCAGACGGUGCAGCGGGUCCAGGAUACUCUGAGCAUCCCAGAGGACGUUGCUCGGCACCUCCUCAUGCACUGCAGGUGGAAUGUGGAUUUCCUGAUCCACUGUUACGUGGAGGACUGUCGGUCACUACUCAUCGCCUCGGGGCUUGAAGUGGAAGAUGCCCAGCGCCCUCCAAGCCCGGGAACCCACUGCCCAGUCUGUGUGAACCAGUUGUGUCCCACUGAGAAGCCACCGUCCCUCUGCUGCAUGCAUUACUGCUGCAAGCCCUGCUGGAACGAGUAUCUCACAACUCGCAUUGAACAGAACAUGGUCCUCAGCUGCACCUGUCCCAUUUCCGAGUGCCGUGCGCAGCCCACCACAGCAUUCAUCUAUUCCAUUGUCUCCUCCAAGGAGAUUAUAGCCAAGUAUGAAAAAGCCCUCCUCAGAGGCUACGUUGAAUGUUGCUCCAACCUGACGUGGUGCACCAACCCUCAGGGCUGCGAUCAGAUCCUCCUUAAAGAUGGGCUUGGUUACGAGGCAGCCUGUUCCAAGUGCUCCUGGAUAUCCUGUUUCAACUGCAACUUCCUAGAGGCCCAUUAUCCUGCCAGCUGCAGCCACAUGUCUCAGUGGGUGGAUGACGAUGGGUACUACGAGGGAAUGACAAGUGAAGCACAAAGCAAGCACCUGGCUAAACUCAUUUCGAAGCAUUGUCCAAGCUGCCAGGCUCAGAUAGAGAAAAACGAGGGCUGUCUGCAUAUGACGUGUGCCAAGUGUAAUCAUGGCUUCUGCUGGCGUUGCCUCAAGCCCUGGAGGCCAACUCAUAAGGAUUAUUACAACUGCUCUGCUAUGGUGAGUAAAGCAGCUUGGCAGGAGAAGCGUUUUCAGGAUUACAAUGAGAGAUGCACCUUUCAUCAUCGUGCGAGGGAAUUUGCCAUGAGUCUGAGGAACAGGGUUUCUUCCAUCAUUGAGAUGCCAAAAAUUAGGACUUUGACUUUUGUUCUUCAUGCCUGCAAAGUGCUGGAACAGGCACGGAAGGUACUGGCCUACUCAUGUGUGUACAGCUAUUAUAGCCAGGACACGGAGAGCAUAGAUAUUGUUGAACAGCAGACUGAGAACCUAGAGCUGCACACGAACGCUCUGCAAAUCCUUCUGGAGGAAUCCCUGCUGCAGUACCACGACCUGGCUUGCUCUCUUCAGCUCCUGAAAGCAGAGCAAUUCAAUACUGGUUUGGAGUUGGUGCACCGGAUCAAGGAGCGUCUCUUUGCAAUUCUCUGGCACUCCACACAGGAUUUCCGUGUUGGGCUUGAGACUUUGACAGAUCCUGGUCAGAAUAAGUUGAAACUCUCCAACGUGCCUUCUUUGGCCCCUGCCUGUGUAGGGCCAAGACCUACCGUCUUCUUUGAGUCCCUCAACACAGCCGAAGAUGGAAAAGAGAAUGAAGAUGAGGAAUAUGACCCGCACUGGCAGGAAGACUACGGUGAAGAUGAUGAUGAUGACCUUGAUGAAGACAACUUUCUGUUUGAUGAUGAGUCAGAUAACCUUGACUGUGACUCCUACUUUGACGAUGAUGAUGCCUAUGACUAGAGGUGGGCUGUCACCCAGCCUGCCAGCCUGGACCUCUGCAUCCAGGCUGUCUUGACCAGUUUGUCUUAGUGUCUCUCCUCAAAGAUAGUAUGGAGCUCUCAGGCAGAAUGAGGAGACGUUUUCCUUUGGGGGCUGCUUUCUUAGUGCUUAAUAUGCAGAACCAUCGCUCUGGGCAGAUGGGCUGUGUUACUGUGGUCACCUCUCUCAGAAAGACAUCUCCUUCCCUUUCUCGUCUCCACUUCUGCCCUAGAUACAAUCAUCUAAUUGAGUUUGGAGCUGAACUGUGAUUUUUCUAAGUGAGGACUGCUUGCUGCCUGUUGAAAGACUGUUUGGUUUUUUGGACUGCCCUCCCCAAGUGCUGUGUCAUGUGUCCUAGCAUGACGCUGUCUAAUCCAGCCAGUGUCUAGAAAUACCAUAAAAGCAAUGUGUUAACACUCAAGCCAAAGCUUACCAUCUGCAGCUGAUGGGGUCCCCUCCAGAGUGACAGACAUGGCUCAGUGCGUUAUUUUUUCUGUUUGUUGUUGAAGUUGUCUUCUCUGCCAUAAAGCAGGAUGGGCUGCUAUCAGCGGCACAAGUUUGCAGGGCUGCGUUUAAGUGUAUAAAUGUAUGAGUGCAUGCACACACACAUAUAUAUAUACACGCGGAGUUUGUUUGGAUUACACUUUAUCUUUGCAAAAAAAUAAAACCCUGAAGAACAAGGGUUGAAAAAAAA